AUGCUGCUGAAUUUGAACGAACACCAGACAUCCCUCGACACUGGCCUCUCAUCCCCAGAAGAAGAAACAGACACUUGCUUCAACGAGCUUCAUGGGCGAAUGGGCUAUGGUCCAAUUUUUGGAUCCUGCAAUCCUUCCACCUUCGAAUGGACUGAUAUUGGGGGACAGGCAGGGCCCAGCCGGCCAUACCCGUUGUGUGAGGACUUACACGAAGCGGAAGAUGCAAGGCUUGCUGCAUGCUAUGACCCUCUUAGUUCUGAUCUGCAAGCGGGCGACUUUAUUAGUCUCUCGCAAUCUCAAGUUUCAAGGCACCCCUAUUUGAACCAUACACCGACCGAGGAACCACCAAAUGCAUACCAUGUCCAUGAACUUUCUCCGCAGUCACAUCCUCCUCUUGACCUUUACAUGAGCAGUUUCUUCGUCUGA